AACUGUGGUGACAGGCAGGUCCACGGAGUAAUAGAAGAGUUUAGACAAAAUCAGAGCAGGGUUUGGCAAUGCUGUCUGUUUGUCCACAGCCGGAGUCUGCCGAGGAGGCUCCGGAUAUGCUUCUUUAUCAUAGUCUGAAGGCAUUAUUUGGCCCUAAUUUGACCAGGACUAAAGAAAUCCUACAAUUCGACCUCGACAGCUCUCCUUUCGAUGCAGCGCAUGCGCAGAAGACACAACACAAUGGCGAAAUAGAGUCUCAUCGCAAAUUUCAUGCCCCCCGCCAUGGGCACAUGGGGUUCCUGCCCCGCAAGCGCAGCAAGAAACAAAGGGGUAAGGUACGUACAUGGCCCAAAGACGACCCCAGCCAUCCUGUCCACCUCACUGCCUUCCUGGGAUACAAGGCUGGCAUGACCCAAACCCUCAGAGAGAUCCACCGCGUUGGCCUCAAGCAAUCAAAGCGAGAGGAAGUAGAGGCUGUCACCAUCAUUGAGACUCCCCCAAUCAUCGUGAUGGGGGUUGUGGGAUACAUUCGGACUGUGCGUGGCUUGCGUACCUUUAAGACCAUCUUUGCUGAGCAUCUCAGUGACGAAUGCAAGCGCAGAUUUUACAAAAACUGGUACAAGAGCAAGAAGAAGGCCUUCACCAAAUACAGUAAGAAGUGGCAGGAGGAGACAGGAAAAAAACAGCUGGACAAGGAUUUUGCCUUGAUAAAGAAAUACUGUUCAGUCAUCAGGGUUAUUGUUCACUCCCAGAUGCGAUUGCUGCCUAUAAAGCAAAAAAAGGCCCACAUCGCGGAGGUGCAGCUAAAUGGGGGAAGCAUCUUGGACAAGGUGGAUUGGGCAAAGGAGCGUCUGGAGCAGGCUGUGCCCAUCUCUGCCGUCUUCUACCAGGAUGAGGUGAUCGAUGUCAUUGGCAUCACCAGGGGUCAUGGCUUUAAAGGUGUAACAAGUCGCUGGCACACAAAGAAGCUCCCAAGGAAGACUCACAAAGGUCUGAGGAAGGUUGCCUGUAUUGGAGCCUGGCAUCCUGCUCGUGUAAACUACACCAUAGCUCGUGCUGGUCAGAAGGGCUUUCAUCACCGUACAGAGCUCAACAAGAAGAUCUACCGUAUUGGUAGGGGUGUCCACAUCCAGGAUGGUAAGGUGAUCCGGAACAACGGUUCCACUAACUAUGACACCAGCCAGAAGACCAUUACCCCCAUGGGAGGCUUCCCACACUAUGGUGAAGUCAAUAAUGAUUUUAUCAUGGUGAAAGGAUCUGUUGUCGGACCUAAGAAACGUGUCCUCACCCUCCGAAAGUCUUUGCUUGUGCACACAUCUCGCAAAUCCAAGGAGGCUAUUGAGCUCAAGUUAAUUGACACCACUUCCAAGUUUGGUCAUGGUCGCUUCCAGACCGCCCAGGAGAAGAGGGCUUUUAUGGGGCCACUGAAGAAGGAUGCCCUGAAGAAACUGCCAGAGCCUCUGCCAGAAGAGGCCUGAAAGAACUGAUUAUGUUCUCAUGCAGUAAUACAAUAAAGUUUGUAUUCAUAGGGAAGAGGUAUACAUUUUUAAACAGUUUUUUUUACUGUUCACAAAUAAAUCCAUAAGAGCAUCUGGGUGGUUCAGAAACAACAUGCACCAGUUUAGUUGGUUUAACAGAACUCACUUAUCACAUUAUCAUUUCAAUAUUUUCCAGAUUGUUUAUCCCUACAGGCAUGACCAUGAUAAGGGAAUCAGACAAUGAAUGGAUGAAUAGUUUGUUCAAUCAGCAACUCUUUUAAAACAGUAAUCAUCACUUUCAUCACAAAACACUUUGUUUUUUGUGCUGUAAAGACAUCCAGUUUUCAGUAUUGAAUAAAAACUUUUUGGAAA